ACAGGGAGUGGUGAAGAGAGUGGCAGUGCUGUUGUGAAGAAAGAGAGAAAGCCAGAGUUAAGCAACCCCCUCAAACAGAAGACGAAGAGGUUACAGGAACGACAACAAGUCAACUAUAGCAGCGACAGCGAUGAUGCAGCUACCGCAGAUAAAGACUUCAGAGUGUCGUACCAGUCCACCAGAACAGCUAAACCAGAAGGGCCUGAAGAUAUGGGAGCGACUGCAACCAUUGAAAUUGACACAGAUAACACUAAAGAUGCCAGAGCCAUCUUUGAAAAGAAGCAGCAGAUCAGUGAGGAACUGAAGGGUAAAGAAGACGACAAGAUUUAUCGUGGUAUCAACAAUUACCACACGUACAUUGAGAAGAAAGACACUGCUCUGGGCAAUGCUGCCAGUGGCCAUGUCAGGAAGGGGCCCAUGAGAGCUCCCGCCAACCUGCGGGCCACCACACGGUGGGACUAUGCCCCAGACAUCUGCAAGGACUACAAGGAGACCGGUUUCUGCGGGUUCGGCGACAGCUGCAAGUUCAUGCACGACCGGUCAGACUACAAGUUUGGCUGGCAGCUAGAGAGGGAAUGGGAAGAGGGAAAAUUUGACAAAGAGGAAGAUUUCAGUAAAUACGAAAUUGACAGUGACGAGGACGGGGACCUACCAUUUAAAUGCUUCAUCUGCAGGCAGUCCUUUGAGAAACCAGUUGUAACAAAAUGCAAGCAUUACUUCUGCGAGAAGUGUGCCCUGAAACACUACAAGAAGAGCAGGAGGUGUUUUGUCUGCAGCGCGCAGACGAAUGGGAUCUUCAACGUGGCGAGAGAUUUGAUCGCCAAACUGGAAAAGAACAAGGGCAAAGGACGAGACGAUGGCCCAGAGGAGUCUGACGAGGAGGGAUGACCCUUUUACUGUCAUCACCAGACUUUGGAGCAAUCUUUUUGGCAGUACUGGUGCUGUGAUGCAGUUUAGCUGAGGAGGGUGUCAUCUUUGCUACUUUCACCUAACUAUAUGCGUUGUGUGCCAGACUGCCCCUGCACUCUUACUCACCCAUGUGACCUUUACUUAUAUCCACCACCAAGGGCGUCAUUCUGUUUUGAAAAGUGGGGGAACAUAAACACAUAACCCUGAUAAGAACAAAUGCGAGCGUGAAGCCUUGAGUUGCAUGGGGUCCAGGCGCUGCUCAAGGGCUCUGGAAAAUUUUGGAUCACAGAUGCUUUGUGGUGUGAUCCGAGACAAUUUUUGGCUACUAAUAAUCACGUUUUUUAACAAAUGCUUACACAUUUUCAUUUAGGUUUUGCAAAAAAGUGUGUGUGGGGGGGGGGGACAAUUGACACUAUCCCCUCCCACUUGGAAAAGUGGCGGGGGGGACAUGUCCCCCGUCUUCCACUGAUUGACACCUAUGUGCAAGCAAGAUUUGUUCCACAUUGGUUUUUGCCCAUUUUAUGGACUGUGGGCCAGACGAAACAAUGCCCACCCGUAAAGUCCUAUCUACAGUUGCUGGACGUGGUCAAAACUGAAGUAGUAGUGUAACUGGGGUGACAUUUCUGAAAGGGCAUACAGAGAUGGAAACAUUUUUUUGAGAUGCAGUUACGCCACUGAUCUGAGGUGUGUAUGCCCGCUCAUAUAAACAACAGAAAGCUGACACCUCGCAACCUUUUUGGUUCACAUUCAUUGAUGUAAAGAUCUCAGUGGCAAAAUUUAACCUGAGUAGGAAUCUUUUGCAGAGUAAUGCAAUGGUCAAAGAUUGACACAAUUUGCCAUUUCGUUUUGGGAUUCCCUAUUUAAAUUCUCAUACUUUAUAACUGCUACAGAUAGCUGUUAAAAUGAAUGUUAUACAUGCACAUUGUAUAUUUAUGUACUAUUGUAAAGGUUACUGGAGGAGGGGAAUUCUUAAAAUUGAGUUGGAAGAAAAAUUGUAAAUUUGUAAAAGAAAAUAACUCCACAAAGCUGAGAAUCAACACUGUUGUAGCAAUACAGCAAUGUCAUUUUUUUUAAUUAAGUGAGUUUAUCAUUUGAUAUAAGAAAAUCCAUAUGAAUAAGAAAAUAAUAAAAGACCACUGAAAAUAAUCUUCAUCAAAAU